AUGGCUGAAGUCGACAAGCUCGAGGCGAAGGAGGUCGAAAUAGAGAGUUGGGCCAGAACAGCGAAAGAUUUGGCCGCUGGAGCUGCUGGGGGUGUGGCUCAGGUUCUUCUAGAUAUCGUCAAGGUCCGACUACAAACGACAUCCAAGUAUCCCAACGCAGUAGCAUGUGCCUCGUCCGUUCUCAAAAAUGAAGGGCCUUUGGCCUUCUACAAGGGCACUCUCACUCCCCUAAUAGGUAUCGGUGCAUGCGUGUCUGUACAGUUCGGGGCAUUUCACUAUGCUCGCCGGGCGUUUGAAGACCGCAAUCUGCAUGCUAACCCUCACGGCACGGGGGAGCUCUCAUACGGCCAAUACUACAUGGCAGGAGCGUUCGCAGGCCUGACCAACUCGGUGCUUUCGGGACCCAUUGAGCACAUCAGGAUCAGACUGCAGACCCAGCCUCACGGCACGGAUCGGCUGUACAGUGGCCCUUUGGACUGCAUCAAGAAGCUCUCGGCCAACGCCGGUGUGCUUCGGGGCCUCUAUCGCGGCCAAGCGGUGACCUUGUACCGAGAGGCGCAAGCCUAUGGAGUUUGGUUCCUGACAUUCGAGUACCUGAUGAACCAGGACAUGAAGCGGAACAACGUACAGCGGUCGGAGAUCUCUUCGCCCAAGGUCGCCUUCUACGGUGGACUGGCUGGCGAAGCCCUUUGGAUUGCUAGCUAUCCGUUUGAUGUGAUCAAGAGCAAAAUGCAGACUGACGGAUUCGGAAAGGACCAGAAAUACAAGACGAUGCGUGAUUGUUUCGCAAAGACGUGGCAGGUAGAGGGUGCUCGCGGGUUUUGGAAAGGCAUUGGGCCAACUUUGGCUAGGGCGAUGCCCGUAAGCGCGGGCACCUUUGCUGUGUGA